GUUUCACAUUUCUUUUCUGGGAUAAGACCAUAAUAGUUUGUAAGUUUAUUCCGGUCUUUUCUACGUUCCAUCUUAUCAUCUAGAUCUCUCAACUUCUUGUUGAUAGUCUCUUCAUCGUCAUCUUCAUAGAUUUUGAUUUUCCUCUUCUUAGGUUUAUCAGCAAAAAAAAAAUUAGCAUUUAGAUCUCUCAACUUCUUGUUGAUAGUCUCUUCAUCGUCAUCUUCAUAGAUUUCGAUUUCCCUCUUCUUAGGAUUAUCAGCAACAGAUAUUGCUUCGUUUGACAAUGUACUAUACUGAUUUGCAGGAGCCCAUGGUCUUCCUUUCUCUAUAAAGUCUGCUUGAUGUCUCGCAGCUUUCUUGCCAAUAAUUCCCUUGUACUUGGUAUGAUAUGAAUCUGCUUUGCCAAACUCUAAUAAUUCAUAUCUCUUGUGGAGUGUAGUCUCUCUAUAUGGACAGACAAACUGUACAUAUCCGUGUAUCAUAACAUCUAUUACAGCGUAACAGAUAUAUAAUAUUUCUUGUGAGUCUACUAAGCUUUGUAGACAAUCUUCUGUCAUUAACUUCAAGUCUUGAUCUGCUGGAUCUACCAUUGCUUUGAAUAUAUAGAACUCCUUCAUCUUCUGGAAUUUAUAAGCUGUAUGAUAGUUUGUAAGCGUGUUGAGAUUGCCUAUUUCCCUGGUACUGUACCGAAAAAUAACUUUUUCAAUCAAUCUGCUUUCUGAUUGGUCAAUACAAAGUAGGCGUGGUUUAAGCAAACCGUUCUGAUUGGUCCAAACAAUUUUCGCUAGAGGGAGUGUGUGGAUAUGCAUUCUUAGUGUCAUUCUGUAUCAGAACGAUGAACAGUGCGGCCGCAGAUUUACUGAGCUCACUCAUGACAGAGAGCCGUCGACAAGCAAUGGAAACGUUUGUCUUAUACAAGCGAAGAGGCAUAGUGAGAAGAGCUCAAAACUUAAUCGAAAACAUAGAUAACGUCGUAACUUGUGUCAACAUGGAUCGCGGACGAUACCCUUCCUUAUUCAAGAGUAGCAUGUCGGCACUAUCGAAACUGAACUUGUGGGAAAACGAAAUCAGAGAGGCGACGAACGAAACAGAUAUGUCGGACGUAAUAGCUGCUGCGAGAUUCCUUUUGGAGAAUCAAGGCUUGCUGAGGGAUGAAAUUGACAAUAUGGACAAAGCGAAGAAACAGAUCACACUAACAGACACCAUCGUCAUAAGCGAUGAGGACAAUGACGAGUUGCCAGACAUCAUCAGUCCGACCAUGAGUACGAAAUCAAAAAGUCCGAUAAGAGGUUAUACGAGGCCUUCAUCAACGGUUACCAGCAGUACGUUGACCGAAACGGCUUGGGAAAAGAGAGAACAUGAGCUACUGUUGGCUCAUCAGAGAAAACUGUCCGAAGCCAAGCAAGAGAAGAGCAAGAGAAGAGAGAAAAAGGUUGCAUCGUUUUAUGUACAGCUGUUACAUGCCAAAUGA